AUGGCUCGUUCUUCACGUUACCAUUCACCUUAUGAUGCUGAUGACUUGGAUUGGGAUCUUCGAAUCAUGGGACUUGUACUUUUAUCACUCUUUCUGUCACUUGUUUUCCUGCUAACCCGAGAAAUUAUAGCUGAAUUUGCUGAAAAGCCGGAGUUCCAGAUCAGCAAUCUCGCGGUUUCGAAUUUAACCGUGUCACGCGAUCUAGCACUCACUGGAAAUUGGGAGGCCAACUUUCUGGUGGCCAAUCCCAAUAAGAAUCUGCCCUUAAAGCUGCAGGGCAUCAGGGCGUACAUCUAUUAUCAUAACAAGCACACAAAGAUUUCCCAGAGGAUCUCGCUAGGCCAGCCAGUGGAGGUGCCCGCUAGGCAAGAACGGGUCAUCAGGAUCAGUAGAAUGAGAGUGGAACAGCCAGAUGACGUGAUUGUGGAUGAGAUCCAUAAGCGAAUGAAUGAAAACUCGGCCGUUAUCUUUGGAUUGCGACUCGCCAUGGAAGCCUCCUUCAGAGUGAUUGGGACGGACUUGAAGUUUUGGUGCUCGUCUGACUGCAUGCGUUUGAGGGUCGAACUUGAAGGCGUUUGGCCACCAUAUGCCGAAGCAUUCAUUGAUGGCGAUGGGAAGAAGUGUCUGACAUCACUUAGAGACAAGGGGGAAGUAAGGGAGAAGGUAGACGGCACUCUGGAGCACAGGACGGAGGCACUGAACGAUUGA